CAACUUGAAUAUGGAAUACCAUCGCAAACUGUUGCUGGCGUGGAGCUUCGGGGCUUUUGUUAUUAUACAUCUUGUUCAAGCUCAACCUGAUCAACAAGGAUUUAUCAGUUUGGACUGUGGUUUAUCCCCUAGUGAGUCUCCUUAUACCGACCCUGUAACCGGAUUAAUAUUCUCAUCUGAUGCCGACUUCAUCCAAAGCGGUAAGCGCGGUGAAGUUGGGGAUGAUGAGAUCAGCUAUACCUACAAGCAGUUCAAGGAUCUGAGAUAUUUUCCAGAUGGAGUCCGAAACUGUUAUAAUCUGACAGUAAACAAGGGAAUCAGCAAUCUAAUUAGGGCUGGGUUCUCAUAUGGAAAUUAUGAUGGCCUUAAUAUAUCUCCUAGAUUUCAUAUGCACAUAGGGCCAAAUAUGUGGACUUCAGUGGUUGUGGGAUCCGAAAGUUAUCGUGAAAUCAUAUACAUGUCAAAGUCAAACUUAUUGCAGAUUUGUCGUGUCGAGACGGGAGAAACUAUACCAAUGAUAUCAACCUUGGAACUACGACCAUUAAGAAAUGACUCUUACAUGACGCAAUUCGGUCCCUUGGACCUAAUUUUUAGGCGGACAUAUACAAGCGAUACAUUCGGUUAUAUACGAUAUCCCGAUGAUGUCCUUGAUCGCAUAUGGGAUCGGUAUAACUGAUUUGAAACAGAUGUAAACACAACUCUCAACGUAACAUCCUUUAAUCCUUUUGAAUUACUCCUAGGAAUUCGAGCAGCCCACUAUUCUUUUACGCGUCUCCGAAGGAAAAAAGUGAAAAAAUUAAUGUAUACUUUCAUUUUGCCGAUAUCCAAGUCUUAAAAGCAAAUGAUACUAGGGAAUUUGACAUUUUGUUGGAUGGAACUGUUAUACGCAAAGCUUAUACUCCUAAAGUGUUACAAUCGGAAACAAUAUACAACAUAUCGCCACAGAAAUGCAUAAACUCCUGCGACUUGGACCUCGUACAAACUCAAAGAUCAACUCUUCCACCACUGAUUAAUGCUAUUGAGGCAUUCGAUGUUUUGGAAUUUCCAUUUGCUGAGACGAAUCAAA